AUGAACCUAAAAAUAGAAAAUUAUCCCAACAAAAGUCAAUACUAUAAAGCCGUUCGAUUAAGUUUUGCCAAGUAUGAUGAAACCGGUAAAAUUUAUACUACGGCAGCCGAAAUAAAUUUCUGCCCUUACUGCCAGCAAGCCUUAGAAAUCCAAGAAGGAAAAAGAAUUUGUCAUAACCCUUGUUGGGACAAAGCCCAAAUGAGUAAAAUCAAGCAGGCUCACCGAGAAGAAAUCAAAAAAUAUGGUGAAUGUCGGAUUGCUAAUUGUGAAAAAUGCUUACUAAACCGUCAAAAAGAGGAAGAAUGUCGGAAACAUGGCGAAGAAGCCAGUCGAAAAGCCAAAGAACUCAAAGCCCAGCGGAGAGCCGAAAAAGAAGCCUUAGCCAAGGAAAGGAGUAACAAGAAUUUAGGGAAAAAGAGGGGUUAA